AUGGACGACGUGAUGCGAUUCGUUCAUCGGCUCGAUCAGUGGUUCUAUCGGGAUAUUUCUGCAGUGCUCAUGGUAGUAAAAUCCGCCCAACUCGCUUUGUACACUGCUUUUUGAGAUUAUUCUCAAAAAUUUCGCAUUUUCAGCUCCAAAUGGCUUCAAAAGUCGCCGGAUCGGACCGAAAACUGCUGGAAAGUAUCGGACCGAAAACUGCUGGAAAGUCGUCACGUGGAAGAACGAUGGCUGCUUUUUAGCAAAUGGCUGGAAACUGCGCAGAAAAUUAAGUUGGACCUCGAAAAUGACAAAGAUCGGUCUUCUGAAAGAGACGACGAGGAGGAGAAUCCGUUGGAGAUGGCCGGAGUGCACCUAGAGGUGGAAUCCGACGACGAUCCAGGUACUUCCAGCGAAAAUUUUUUCACAAUUCCCGACUAUUUUUUGCUCGAAUUGCAAUGACAAAAUCGUGAAAUUCUCCGCCCCGAGAGGCUCCAAUUCAUUCGGACAACUUUAAGAGACUAUAUCGCCUGUUUUUGCCGGCCGCCAUUUGUUUGAAAUUUGCAAUUGAUUUGAAAAACAAACGGCGGAAUUCUCUGAUUUGGAGCCAAAAUCUGCAAAUUCCGCCUGUUUUUUUUGGCGCUUUUUCCGAUCCAUUUUCGAUAAAUGUGCUUAUUUUUCAGAUGCCGCCCGUCACUCGGCUCCGCCCCCUUCCGCUUCGUCUUCGUCUUUCAGCAAUGCCCAAUUCUGUCUUCCCCGAAUGAACCUGGCACCUCUGGUCUCACGAUCGAAUUCCGAAGAUCUGCCGACGCCGCCGAAUUCAGCUGUCGCCGCUCCGUCGCGAGCCUCCGCCCUUUCCGCCAACGACGUCGUCGUCAUGGAGUCUCCGCGAGAUGCUCCGGCCGUUCCUGACGCUCAAAGACUGUAAUAUUCGGAGACUUUGCUGGAAAUUUGCCUUUACGGGUCUUUUUCCUGUAGAAGAUGGCCAAAUUUCCGUUUCCAGACGGUUUUGUUUGCUGAAAACUGAUUUUCAGUGACCUCGCCGUUCCGCCCCCACGAUUGGAGCCCACGACUCCGUCCCCCUCGGAAAAUUCAGACGAAGAGCCGAUGCCGACGGGUCCGAACACGGCCAGAUAUGCUUCCGACGCCCCAGGACCGUCUUCUUCGUACUCCACGGCUCUGCCCACUUCUGAGCCAGCGGCCACAGCUCCGGUACAGUUUUUUUGCGACCGGACACCAUUUUUUCGAAUUUGGAUUUAUGACCGCAUAUUUUUACCUCAUAUUUUUGCAGUAA